UUGCCCGGGGAUAGCCGGUCCCAGAACGUAUCAACGAAAACCGUGUCUCAUCCCGCCGCAUUCAGAUCCAAGGAACGAGCGUCGAGCGCCAAGGACGUCCGUCGUUCACUGAUGAAAAGUUUCGAGGGUCUUCAGAGGUUUUCGCAUGUCGCCGCGGACACGGAAGGGCAGUCGUAUCACAUACAGAGGAGAGAUCGUCGCGAAUGGUAGAGAAAUGGGAAUGGGUUUUACGUACGUCUACGCUCCGUUGGUAGACGGCGUAGACGCUAAGAUGACCUUGCUGUGUAUACAAAGUGGCAAAGAUCACAGGCCGUAUCCCUGGAACACGUAGAGACGCGAGCGGGAGAGAAAUAGAGCAAGCAAACGCGCGAGGCAAACGGGAGCAGGAUUCGGUAUUGCCGGGUGUAUAUCGCCAAGGGAAUCUAUCUUUCGCGUGGAAUUCGCAGCACGAUCAUCUCUGACGGUAACGGGGAGUGAUUCUCGAUCGUGAGGUUCGCGCGCUUCUGCCCCACCGCGUAUCUCCGCUCAGCUCCGUAUCUCUCCCUGCCUUCGAUUCUCGCCGAUCCCUCUUCACCCUUUAUCCCCAUUCACGGUGUCAUCGGCUAAGCUCUCGUAAUACUCUCUCGGCGUGGUGGCAGUUACAGGCUGAUUGUCCUUCCGAUCCGCGUGUACUAAUUCCGAUGGCCGCAAUGCCCGCCUCAAUUUGGAUUGACCAAAACCAACUUUUAGAUGAACGUUAGCCGCAGUACUAUCGACCAUCGAACGAAAAAAAAGGAGAAGAGCUUCGUUAAAGCGAAUCCAGCAAAGAGCGACUGUCGACUAAGCGAGAAAAACAAGAGGCAACUCUUCUUGCACGUAAAGGACCGCCUCUCACGUGUUGAGCCAGGUGCAGGUGACCGCAGUCGCACAUAUUCAAAAAGAAGAAAUCCAGUAGUAUUUAUUUUACAUACGGAAGCAGCGAGGAAAAGAGUUUACGUCUUAUGGUCACCGACGACUUGCGUGCACCAAAUAAUUUUAAUCUUUCUCAAGCGACAGUUUUCUGACAUUACUUUAAGCAGCUCGUAACACACAUCUCGUUUUAAUCAAAAUUUAAAUUCUAAUUUAACCUACGGAAUAAAAUAUGUUGCUUUGUUAAAUUCUGCACGGAUGACGUAUUUCGUGGGAACGAGUUUGCGAGAAAGCACCGUAUAUGUGAUGAUAAAACUAAUUAUCCAUCAAAUCACUACCGAAAAUAAUCGAUUAUUCUCGAUAAUACG